ACCCAAUUCACCAGAGCUGAGCCUUUGAGGCUUUUAGCUCUUUUCUUCUUACCCCCUCUUUAGAUUCACCAUCUUCGGGGGCGGGGGAGCCAUUUGGUUUUCUUUAUAAUUUCUUUCUUAUUUCUUUAUCUCUAUCUCUUGCCUAUUUUUUGUUUUUGUUUUCCACUGUUUUGUUUUCACUCCGGUUUUCAUUCUCUCUGUCUGUCUCUGUCUCUCUGUGUUUCUGUGUAUCUGUCUCUGUCUGUCUCUGUCUCUGUGUCUCUGUCUCUGUGUCUCUGUCUCUGUCUCUGUCUCUCUCUCUCUCUCUCUCUCUCUCUCUCUCUCUCUCUCUCUCUCUCUCUCUCAGAAAUCGCUUUGGGGAACCCAGCUUGCAGCCAGUGAACCCGCCUUCCAGAUUGGUGUGAAGACAGAAGUGAGCUUCGUUUUAGGCGUAGCACGGCCAGGCAGAAGAAAAUGGGGCAAAGCAUGCUCCGGGCGGUCUUCCUUUUAGUCCUGGGGCUUUUGGGUCAUUCUCACGGAGGAUUCCCCAACACCAUCAGCAUAGGUGGACUUUUCAUGAGAAACACGGUGCAGGAGCAUAGUGCUUUCCGUUUUGCCGUGCAGUUAUACAACACCAACCAGAACACCACUGAGAAGCCCUUCCAUUUGAAUUACCACGUCGACCACUUGGAUUCCUCCAACAGUUUUUCUGUGACUAAUGCUUUCUGCUCCCAGUUCUCCAGAGGGGUGUAUGCUAUCUUUGGAUUCUAUGACCAGAUGUCAAUGAACACCCUGACCUCCUUCUGUGGGGCCCUGCACACAUCCUUUGUCACACCUAGCUUUCCCACUGAUGCAGAUGUGCAGUUUGUCAUCCAGAUGCGCCCAGCCCUGAAGGGGGCCAUUCUGAGUCUUCUGGGCUACUACAAGUGGGAGAAGUUUGUAUACCUCUAUGACACAGAACGAGGGUUUUCCAUACUACAAGCAAUUAUGGAAGCAGCAGUGCAGAACAACUGGCAAGUGACCGCAAGGUCUGUGGGGAACAUAAAGGACGUCCAGGAAUUCAGACGCAUCAUUGAAGAAAUGGACAGAAGGCAGGAAAAACGAUACUUGAUUGACUGUGAAGUCGAAAGGAUUAACACAAUUCUGGAACAGGUUGUGAUCCUGGGGAAACAUUCAAGAGGUUAUCACUACAUGCUUGCUAACCUGGGUUUUACUGACAUUUCCCUGGAAAGAGUCAUGCAUGGGGGAGCUAAUAUUACAGGUUUCCAGAUUGUCAACAAUGAAAACCCAAUGGUUCAGCAGUUCAUACAGCGCUGGGUGAGACUGGAUGAAAGGGAAUUUCCUGAAGCCAAGAAUGCACCACUAAAGUACACAUCUGCAUUGACACACGAUGCAAUACUGGUCAUAGCAGAAGCCUUCCGAUACCUGAGGAGGCAGCGAGUGGAUGUAUCCCGCCGAGGCAGUGCUGGAGACUGCUUAGCGAAUCCUGCUGUGCCCUGGAGUCAAGGAAUUGAUAUUGAGAGAGCUCUGAAAAUGGUGCAAGUACAAGGAAUGACUGGAAACAUCCAAUUCGAUACUUACGGACGUAGGACAAAUUAUACCAUUGAUGUGUAUGAAAUGAAAGUCUCAGGCUCUCGAAAAGCUGGUUACUGGAAUGAGUAUGAAAGGUUUGUGCCCUUCUCAGAUCAGCAAAUCAGCAAUGACAGUUCAUCCUCAGAGAACCGGACCAUCGUAGUGACUACCAUUCUGGAAUCACCAUAUGUAAUGUAUAAAAAGAACCAUGAGCAAUUGGAAGGAAAUGAGCGCUAUGAAGGCUAUUGUGUUGAUUUAGCCUAUGAAAUAGCCAAACAUGUAAGGAUCAAAUACAAAUUAUCCAUAGUCGGGGAUGGGAAAUAUGGAGCACGGGAUCCAGAGACUAAAAUAUGGAAUGGCAUGGUUGGGGAACUUGUCUAUGGAAGAGCUGAUAUAGCUGUUGCUCCGCUCACUAUAACAUUGGUCCGUGAAGAAGUCAUAGAUUUUUCAAAGCCAUUUAUGAGCCUGGGAAUCUCCAUCAUGAUAAAGAAGCCUCAGAAAUCAAAACCAGGCGUAUUUUCGUUCCUGGAUCCUUUAGCUUAUGAAAUCUGGAUGUGCAUUGUCUUUGCCUACAUUGGAGUCAGUGUGGUUCUCUUCCUAGUCAGCAGAUUUAGCCCUUACGAAUGGCACUUGGAAGACAACAAUGAAGAACCUCGUGACCCACAAAGCCCUCCUGAUCCUCCGAAUGAAUUUGGAAUAUUUAACAGUCUUUGGUUUUCCUUGGGUGCUUUUAUGCAACAAGGAUGUGAUAUUUCUCCAAGGUCACUUUCUGGGCGCAUUGUUGGAGGAGUUUGGUGGUUCUUCACCCUGAUCAUAAUUUCUUCCUACACUGCAAACCUUGCUGCUUUCCUGACUGUGGAGAGGAUGGUGUCCCCCAUUGAGAGUGCUGAAGAUUUAGCCAAGCAGACUGAAAUUGCAUAUGGGACCCUGGACUCUGGUUCAACAAAAGAAUUUUUCAGAAGAUCCAAAAUUGCUGUGUAUGAGAAAAUGUGGUCUUACAUGAAAUCAGCAGAGCCAUCUGUAUUUACCAAAACAACAGCUGAUGGUGUAGCCCGAGUUCGCAAGUCCAAGGGGAAGUUCGCCUUCCUGCUGGAGUCAACCAUGAAUGAGUACAUUGAGCAGAGAAAGCCAUGUGAUACGAUGAAAGUUGGUGGAAAUCUGGAUUCCAAAGGCUAUGGUGUGGCAACCCCUAAAGGCUCAGCAUUAAGAACGCCUGUAAACCUUGCAGUAUUGAAACUCAGUGAACAAGGCAUCUUAGACAAGCUGAAAAACAAAUGGUGGUACGAUAAGGGGGAAUGUGGAGCCAAGGACUCCGGGAGUAAGGACAAGACCAGUGCUCUAAGCCUGAGCAAUGUGGCAGGCGUGUUCUAUAUACUUGUCGGAGGUCUGGGUCUGGCCAUGAUGGUGGCUUUGAUAGAAUUCUGUUACAAAUCACGGGCAGAGUCCAAACGCAUGAAACUCACAAAGAACACCCAAAACUUUAAGCCUGCUCCUGCCACCAACACUCAGAAUUAUGCUACAUACAGAGAAGGCUACAACGUGUAUGGAACAGAAAGUGUUAAAAUCUAGGGAUCCCUUCCCACUGGAAGCAUGUAAUGAGAGGAAAUCGCUGAAAAUGUGGCUGCUUCAAGGAUCCUGAGCCAGAUUUCACUCUCCUUGGUGUCGGGCAUGACACGAAUAUUGCUGAUGGUGCAAUGACCUUUCAAUAGGAAAAACUGAUUUUUUUUUUCCUUCAGUGCCUUAUGGAACACUCUGAGACUCGUGACAAUGCAAACCAUCAUUGAAAUCGUUUUGCUUUGCUUGAAAAAAAAAAUAAAAUAAAACCAAGAAAAAAGUGGACAUGCAAGAUUCCAGUAUGCGGGAAAAAAAAUCUUAAUAAAAACAUCAGUUCAACAAAAGCCAUUCUUUGAUACCACUGCACAAUAUACAAAACCAUGUUCUUUAAUACACACACACACACACACACACACACACACACACACACGCAUACAUAUACAUGCAUACAUGCAUGUAUACACACACACACACACACAAAUUAAAUUCCAGUUCAGCAAAUAGACCCAUCUUAGCUAAAAGAAGUAAUUCCUCCUGAUUAAAAAAAAAAAUCUGUCUCCCAGUGUUUGGGCAGACAAACAGGCAUUUCUUCUAGGAUCUGCUGAUCAGAUGUUUUUGGUAUUUCCUGUUGGUGGUGAUGUUCUGUGCACCCUAUUUCCUUUCGAUGUUGCUGAAAUGUGUAUAUCUUUAGAAUGUAAAUGUGACACUUAAGAAAAUUCAAAUGCUUUGGGAAAGAGACUGAGUGGUGACUUGGUGUUCUUGCAAUGGUUUUGUGGGGGAAAAAAUGUGUGGAGAACUUCCCAUAGUGGAAGUGAAGGGAUUAAUAGAGCUUUUGAAGUUGACUUCUGUGUGUAGCAAGGGGUGGAGCACUAUCAGGCCUACCUCUCGGUGCUUUCCUAAAGUGGAUCCCGGAGCUUUCCAAGAAGCCUGGAUUUACAGCUCACAGAUCUGUUUCUCUUGAUUCAGUGUGCAUUUUAAGUUGAUAUAGCCAAGUAGUAAGCAUUGAGGUGAGGGAAAUGCUGCCUAUUCUCCCAGUUGUGUUUGGAAUAUCUUUCUCAGAAACAACACUGUGUUUAGCUCUGCUUUCUCUGCUAAGUAUGCCUUUCAAGUGUACAACACGGAGACAGGACCGUGUUACAAGGCAGGCCAGUGGGUUCAGACCACAGUUCUCAAUCUGACUUUACUCUUGCUAGGUCUGUUUUACCAGCUGUUGCCUGUUACCGCCUGCCUGUGGCUCUCCGUCAGACUGCAUGUGUCCUUUUCUAGUUUGCAAAGACUAAGAUGCAUUCCCAAACCUAUUGCUAACCUGAGGGACCUCAGCAUCACUCCCAGGUCCUUGCUUGGAGCAGUUUCUCUACAGACUCACCGAAGAUCGCUCCACUGCUCCAUGGGCUAUCAAGUAACUAAUUGCAUACCUGCUGUUGGCAUCAUCAGAACAGUCAGAGGAAAUAGUCUCCGCUCACUAAUUACCUCCUAUAUAACGACGUAUGCUUUAUGUAGUUCAGUAGUUUGCUCUCAUCAGUAAUGUACAUUGGAAAGUUUCCAGACUGUACAAAUUAGGAGCCCACCUUCAUUUCCCAAGUGUGACCCUUAGAUGCUUAGUUGACUCGCUGCAUAUUUGCUCUCGUCUUUAGAAAAGAAAAGAAGAGGUCUCGUUCCAAUGAAACAUUUCCAGAAAGGUGUAAUAUAAACUUUCAUUCCAGAAAGUGUGUCAUAAGCAAAUAACUCACAUGUCAGAUUUUAAAUGGUAUUGAACACAAAAGAAAGCUGUUGUGUUUUGUUUUGUUUUCAUGAAACUGUGAUUUUUCAACUUAUGAAUGCUAUGAUGUCCCAGUGCGGGAAGCUAAUGCUGUGUGAAUAUGAAGUUGUAUAAAACAAAGCAACCAACCUAUACACAAAUGUUUUCAUAGGCACUGUAUAAAGAGAAAUGUAUGUUUAUUGACUCAAAUCAGUUUUUCAGAGAGGAAACUUUACUGAGAUUAAGAAGCAGGUAAAUUGGUUUGUUAUUUAAAAAAAAAAAACUUGCAUGUUUAAAAAAAUGUUGAUUGCUUCAAAUUUCUGCUAUUAACUUCAAGCUAUGGGAUUUUGGCGGUAGUCACUUGAGGAUUUUUUUCCAAUUCUUUUCUUUUUGUUGUUAAAGCUGUACUUCAGUGAACAGAAAAAUUGCCAAGCAAACUAAUGGCCGUAAAAGUGUAAAUUGCAUGUGUGGGCAUAAUUACCGAACCUCAUUGCUAUGAGGUAUUGUACAAAGUUUUAAUACAUUUUGUAAAUAAAAUUGUAAAGAAAGA